AUGCCUGGAUUUUUCAUCUUUUCCUAAGCAGAUAAGUUGAUAUUGUUUAAAACAGCAGUGAAAUUCCUUCCCAGCUACAUAAAUCUCUUGGUUUUAACCACAGAUCCAGGGCUGAGGCUGGGGAUGAAGCUCAAAUGGGAAAGCCCGAGCUGCGUGUGCCUGCAAUGAAAUUAUAAAUCCACAUCCCGGAGCAAGCGAGCAGCAGGAGGCACCAGGAACCUCCAUCAGCAGAAGCGCUGGGCUGCAGCAAGGGAUGGGAGUUGGGAGUGGAACCGACAAGGCUGGGAGAGCUGUUGGCAUUUCUCCUGACAAAAUCCUGCACAAACGGAGCCAGUCCAGGCGAAACCACGGCGUUGGACCCACCUGGCGUUCAGUGCUGAGCCCCGUCCCUUCCCCCUGAGUUCUGCCCUCAGUUUCCUCAUCUAUAAAGUGAAGAAGAUGCUGCCAAACCCUGCUUGAAAAGUGCUGUCAGACGCAGCAAAUGUCACCGAAUGGCUCAGGUGGUGCUUGGUCAGCUGGCACACAGCACAUCAAGGGCACAGGAUACUCUGCAUCAGCUGCCCACAGCCCCUGAGGCCAGGGACCAGCAAGGCUAAGACCAGUCUGGACUGGCCAGCGAUGAAUGGAGAGGAGCAACAAUUCCACCCUGCGAGCCAGAGCCAAGGAGGGAAUUGGCCUCUGCCAUCCUCAAAGCCCAAUUAACCAAAUCCCCACAGCUCAGGAGGCUUCGGCAGCAGCGAAGAGGAGCAAGAGGAGAACUCCAAGGAGGAAUGGGCAAUGAAAGAAACUCUUUGGGGCCUGUCACUGAGAGAGGAUUUCAAAUGAGCAGCCUGUGACACCUCCCCGUGACAAAACCCCCGGAGGUAACCCGAGACAGAGGUUGCUAAGUGACCCAGGAGCUGCCAAAAACAAAUGCCAAGACAUCAGCUGAGCCCCUGCUAGUUCCCAGGUGGUCUCUAAAGGAGCCGAGGCUGGCUGUGCUGGACACUUCACCAUUUGAACAUUCCCAGGCUCCAAUGCCUCGGCAGAUCCCGAUGUCGGAGCGGCCCUGGACCUGCAGAACGGCACAUGGCAGAACGGCAGUGAGCCCCUAGACCAUGCCCCACACAAUGACAUGGUGGCUCCCGGUGCUGGCCCUGCACGUGGUCCUGCUGUCCCCGCGGGCGGGCGCCUGCCCCGCGCGCUGCGAGUGCGCCCCGCAGCUGCGCUCCGUGCUGUGCCACCGCAAGCGCCUCACCGCCAUCCCCGAGGGCAUCCCCACCGAGACCAGGGUCCUGGAGCUCAACAAGAACCGCAUCCGCUGCCUCAACCCCGGGGACCUGGCCCCGUACCCGCUGCUGGAGGAGCUGGAUUUCAGCGAGAACAUCAUCUCCAAUGUGGAGCCCGGCGCCUUCAGCAACCUGUUCAACCUGCAGACGCUGCGGCUGCGGGGGAACCAGCUCAAGCUCAUCCCCCCGGGGGUCUUCACCAAGCUGACCAACCUGACCCUGCUGGACAUCAGCGAGAACAAGCUCGUCAUCCUGCUGGACUACAUGUUCCAGGAUCUGCGCAACCUGAAGAGCCUGGAGGUGGGUGACAACGACCUGGUGUACAUCUCCCAGCGCGCCUUCUCGGGGCUGCUGGGCCUGGAGCAGCUGACCAUCGAGAAGUGCAACCUGACCUCCAUCUCGGCCGAGUCACUGUCCUACCUCCAGAACCUGGAGGUGCUGCGGCUGCGGCACCUCAGCAUCUCUGCGCUGGAGGACCAGAACUUCAAGAAGCUCUACAAUCUCCUGCAGCUGGAGAUCGACAACUGGCCACUGCUGGAGGAGGUGUCCCCCACCAGCUUCCAGGGCCUGAACCUCACCUCGCUCUCCAUCACCUACACCAACAUCACAGCCGUGCCCGCCGCUGCCUUGAGGAACUUGGUGUACCUGCGGUACCUCAACCUGUCCUACAACCCCAUUAGCACUGUGCUCAAGGGCUCCUUUAAAGACCUCAUCCGGCUCCAGGAGCUCCACAUCGUGGGCGCUCUCCUGGUGUCCGUGGAGCCUCAGGCUUUCUCCGGCCUGAGGCAGAUCCGGCUGCUCAACCUCUCCAGCAACUUCCUGUCCACGCUGGAGGAGAGCACCUUCCACUCAGUCAACACGCUGGAGACGCUGCGGGUGGACAGGAACCCCCUGGCCUGCGACUGCCGGCUCCUCUGGAUCCUGCAGCGGCGCAAGACGCUCAACUUUGACGGGCAGCAGCCCAUGUGCUCCUCGCCGCCCGAAAUCCAGGGCAACGCCCUGCGCGACUUCCCGGACUCGGUGCUCUUCGAGUACUUCACCUGCCAGAAGCCCAAGAUCCGGGAUCGGAAGCUGCAGCACGUGACGGCGCGGGAGGGGCAGUCCGUGUCCUUCCUGUGCCGCGCCGACGGGGAGCCCGACCCCUCCAUCGCCUGGGUGUCCCCCCAGCACCGCAUGAUCACCACCCGCAGCACGGGGCGCGCCACGGUGCUGCCCGGGGGCACCCUGGAGAUCCGCUUCGCCCAGGUGCAGGACAGCGGCACCUACAUCUGCAUCGCCAGCAACGCCGGCGGCAACGACACCUACUUCGCCACGCUGACGGUCAAGGGGCGCCCGGCCGACGGCGCCCACCACGCCAACCGGACUUUGUACCUCAGCGACUUCAACGACACCUUCCACAACGACACCCAGGUCUUCUUGAAGUUCACCUUGGACCUCAAGACCAUCCUGGUCUCCACGGCCAUGGGCUGCAUCACCUUCCUGGGCGUGGUGCUCUUCUGCUUCCUCCUGCUCUUCGUCUGGAGCCGCGGCCGGGGGCAGCACAAGAACAACUUCUCCGUGGAGUAUUCCUUCCGCAAGGUGGACGGUCCCACCACCACCACCGGCCAAGGAGGGGCCAGGAAGUUCAACAUGAAGAUGAUCUGAGCCUCUCCCAGAGGAGAACCGUUGUGUGCUGCCCAGCCCCAGGCACGGCCAUGGUGGGACGGGGCCGGGAGGGCUGUGCGAGCACCGGCCGUGUCCUGGCGCUGGCAGAGUGACCUCGCUGUGCUGGGACAUGGCUGGAGACAGAGGUGCCACAGGCCAGCAGGGUCAGACCCACGGGGACCUCAGGGUCGGGGAGGGAUGACCCCAAUGUCCCCACCCUGUGGAGAGCCCUCAGGGCUCAGGGGCCGUCCCAGGGGCUCCUGAUGUAGCGAGGUUUUUGCUACCAACUAUGCAUUUCUUGAGCCAAAAGAUCAGCAGUGUUUGGGGCCUGGGAGAAAAAUGCUUCCUGUUUUCCCCCACCCUUUCCCUUUUUUUGUAAGGGACUCUUCAGAAAACUUUCCUGGUAGUUGUUUGUGGUUCUUUUCUUGGUGUUGGUGGGGGUUUUGGUCCAAUUUAUUUUUUUUUUAAUUAAUUUC